AGGCUACACAAACGCCAAUAUGGCGGCGUCGGAGUCUGCCGUGUAUUUUGUUGUAAACAACAUUCCUGUGCGGUUCCGAUCCGCAGAUUUGCGUAACUAUUUCAGUCAGUUUAUAGAGAGUAAAUGCUUUCAGUGUUUCCAUUACCGACACCGACCGGAGAUUCGAGUGCAGGCAGCGGCUGUGUCCGGCGCUGAUACCAGUGAAAAAACCGAUGGGAAACACGACGAUUCGCGUUGUUGUGUCGUGUCGGUACACGCAGAGGCAUCAGACAGAUUCAUGAAGCUGUAUUCUGGUAACCAGUGGGUCGAUGCUGCUGGUAACUGGUUGGGUAGGAAAUGUCUGAUAAGAAGAAUCAAAGUAUCAGAUCAGACAGAGCCUAGUUCAUUCCCUUACAAGACGAAGGCUGAGUUGAAACGUCACGUUGCCCAAUCAGAUCAGUUUACCAUGCAGGACCUCAAGGGUCUUCCGGAGUUCAAUCCACCGGCGCUCAUGCCCGCAGGGAACGUCGGGACCCCGGUCACCGUCUUCCUCGCGCUCAUCCAGUCAUGUCGCCUGCCGCCGCGCCUUAUCCGCAAGCUCGGGCUCGUCUUCCCGAAGACCGGCUCACAUCGGCGCUACGGCAACGUGCCAUACGAGUAUUACAACACAGCUGUCGUGACCCCUACAGAGGAAAGUGUGUUCACGGCGGGUGGGGUGGAAAUCUCAGGGCCUGGAGGUGUUGCCCCGCUCGGACCGACUCAACACAAGGACACGGAGCAUCCCGACUCUGCACCUGUCAGUCAAGAGUCACAGGAUGGUGAUGGUGAGGAGGAGCUGUCAGGCCCUGAUGAUGAUGAUGACCGCUGUGAGGAGUGGGAGAGACAUGAAGCGCUUCAUGAUGAUGUCACCAGUCAAGAGCGCACUAAAGAGAGACUUUAUGAGGAGAAGAUCGAGCUGAAGUGGGAGAAGGGAGGAUCUGGACUCGUCUUCUACACAGAUGCUCAGUUCUGGCAGGAGGAGGAAGGAGAUUUUGAUGAGCAGACAGCGGACGAUUGGGACGUGGACAUGAGUGUUUAUUAUGAUAAAGAUGGGGGAGAUAUGGAUUCCAGAGAUUACGUCCGCAUGCGAUCUGAAAACAGGCUGCGAGAGGGGCUGGAGGGCCUCCCCGGACGUCAACAGAAAAUCGGCAGCUUUGAAAGAUUUACAAAGGGUGUGGGUCGUCGUGUGAUGGAGAAACAGGGUUGGAGAGAGGGUGAGGGGCUCGGGAGCAGUCGGCCUGGGAUGUCAGAGGCUUUAGAGAAUGAAGGACAACAUCCAAACUGUAAAAGAGGCUUUGGGUACCAUGGAGAGAAGCUCAGCUCAUUUCUUCCGCUCAAGAAACCCAAAAAAGAAUUUCAUAUAUCAACAAUAUAUGAUGAACCCAAGGACAUUGAUAAAGGUGAUGAGGUGCUGCGACGUCAACCCAAUACCAGUAUGAAGUACAGAUACUGGAAACCAGCGAGCAGCUCUCGCAAAACCAGAUGACCACUGUCUCCUUCUAUCAUUCUUAGUGAUAUUCACUUGCAUUUUUUUUUAUGAAUACUGCAUAUUUAUUGUCAUCUAAAUAUGUUAUGCAAAAAGAAAUUGUGUAUUUUGUUUUUCAGGAUUUUUAAACUGAAGUUUGUUGUCUGUGAUUUUGUAUUAAAGUGUACAGCAAAGUCAGUUUGCCUUUUUUUAUUUGCACAGUCAUGUGGUUCAUGUGCAGAAUGGGUGUCACGAGCAUGUAUAAUUGGGGAGCUUAGAUGCAAAAGACAAUAAACGCUAUAAAUGAGAUAAUGAGGAUAUACAAUGAGUUGAGUACAUGGACCUGAAUACAACUCUCAUAUGGCAGUCACAUCAUGGACCACAGCGCUCAUAUUGUGUGCUUGUGUUUCUUUAUUUUUACAUUUUUUUUUUUAUUUGUAAUGUUUGUAGUUGCAUUCCCAUUCGCCAAAAUUAUAUAUGUUCAAAUACAUUUCAAAAUAUAAAAAAAGACCAAACGGUAUAUGUGCUGAAUUAUACUUUGAAAUAUGUUAACAAUAUAUUUUUUUGGCCAUUGUUUGAAUGUAUUUUAAAGCAUUUAUGUUCACGUCGCAUUGAGGAAAAAAAUUGUAUGUUACAAACCUGUAAACAUAACUGGUUUAAAAAGGUUAAAAUUGAAUAUAUUUUCAACUGCGAAAUAUACUUAAAAUUUAUAUUUAUACAUACUUAUACAUUUUUACUUUUACUUUAUACAUUUUUAAAAAAACUUAUUU